UGGAUCGUGAUGUUUGUAUGAAGAACGCUCAAAAAAACACUUAAAAUUCCACGAAAAACAUUGUGAAUGCUGUCUUUAUAACUUUUAGGGCUCACAGGCUGAGCUUGAAGAGUCCUUGAAGGAUUUCUCCGCAAAAAAUGCCCAAGAUAGCAUUUUGAGGUAUUGAAUAAGUUGUAUUGAGAUUUGACAAAGCAACACAAAAUGGCGUGCGCUUCUUCGGUCGAAGAAAAGAUGGCGGAGUACGAAGAAUCAUUUGUUCUAGACGCCCCGGCGAAUAUACUUCGUUAUGGAGUUGUGGAAAAGUUAGCUAUGCAGUUAUCGAUUAAUGGGCCAUUGGUUAGCUGGAGAAAUGUCGCUGAUGAAUUAGGUUUUAGUAAUCUUGAAAUAUCUGGACAUUACGCGAACUUCGCUGGCUCAUAUGCCGCGUUAGGGAUGUUGAACGACUGGAUAUUCAAAAAAAACGGGAAAAUUCGGGAUCUUGUUCAAGUUCUCCUAUCGCUGGAGCUCUAUGGAUGCCUAGAGGACAUAAAAGAAGACUUAGAAAAAUAUAGUCAGCAGUCUAAGAAGAGAUUUGUGGAAGAUAAAGAUGAUGAAGGAAUUGAUUCCUCAAGAGACGACAGGGUAUUUCCCAGUUCCUCAGAAACUAGAGGAAAUACUUCUAGUCCUGUGUUUUGUUCAACAGAAGAUUCAAGCUUUUGCUCCUCAGGACUUAAUUCUCUUUCCACUUCUUACACCGAUUCAUCUUUACAAAGGGACACUUCAUCUCCCCAAACAUCUUUACAGUCAGAAGCUGCAGUGGAUAGUCUUCUGUGUCCUUACACUAUUGAGGAUGUGGGGUCUCCUAAGGCUUCAAGUUCAACUCAAAAGAGUACCGAAAUGACCACAUCAAUGCAUACAGAGCACUCACCAAUAAAUAGGACCAAACCUUUGUCACAACCAAGGCGAUGUCCGAGUGACUCAAUAAUCAAGGAAUUAGACUGGCCUGAGAAUGGUAAUAGAGACUAUGAGAGAUCUACAUCGGUGCCACAUGAGAAAAUCCAUAAAACCAAGUCCAAAUCCAAGAAAUCUCGGUUUUUUAAGAGAUCACAGUCUUUAGAGCCAGACACGGGAACUCAUAAAAAGAGAUUCUUAAGCUUUGCCAUGUUUAAGAAAAACAAAUCAGCCAAGAAUGAGAAGACUAAUAGCAACCAAAAUGCUGGCACUGAAAAAAAUGCUGCAUCUGAAGCAGAUACUGGUGCUACGUCGGCCACAGCUAAAGGAUUUUACUGUGAACAGGCUUGUACAUUAAAGCCAAAUCUGUCGCCAUUAAUAGUUUCAGAAGAAAAGGCUCAAAGACCAGUCAGUUCUAGUUCUGAAGACUCACUUUCGAUUUCUCCCAGUUCCCCUGCUUCACCCAUGGGUUAUGAAUCAGGCUACCAUUCAGGAGAUAAUUCAUUCAAACGGAUCUACAUCGUGUGUUGUCCAGAAGAAGAAGAAGUAUAUCAAAGAGCCCUGAAAAUGUAUAUGAAAUUCUCUCAAAAGGGAUAUGAAUGCCAUUUGUUUGCUACAGACACACAAGAGGUCAUGGAAGUGGGCCGGUUCCGCUAUGAAAUGCAACAAGUCAAACAUGCUGACUUUGUCUUCUUAUGCGUUUCAAAAAAAUUAAAGGAGAUUUUUGACACCCCUGUGCGCAAGGCACAAGCAUUUAAAGACGAGGACACCAAAGGUCUUCGUCAUGUUUCAGAUUUCAUGAUGACUUUCUUUGCUAAUGACUGCUGCAACAAGAACGGCAAAUUCAUGACAAUCCUUCUCAUGGAAGAUUCCUACAACCACAUUCCAUUUGCUAUGAACUCCUACUUGAAGUACAAGUUCCCUGAGCAGGAGAGAAGGAUGGAGAAUACCAUCCACCAACGCUGUGAGAUUCUACUGGCGCCUGUGCGUGAUGCCAAAAUUUACCCACCGAUUAAAGUGUGUACUCCUAAGGGGGUUAUGAAGGCUUCUGUUAGGGAAGAUGACACGAAGGGAUGACCAUGUUCAACCAAGGAGGCCAAUGGCAAGAAGAUUACUGUAUAGCAUAUUUAGUAYAAUAUGAUUAUUAGAAUGUAUCACACACGAUUGAAAAUAUAAUGCUUUCUCGUGGUUAGGAAUUAAAAUAAAGACUGGACAUUGGACAAUGUCCRUCCAGAAUAAUUUGGAACUUGGCUGGUCAAAUCUUUGCCUUGCUGGUCAUUUUGACCAGUAAUACUGAGCCAGAAACAAGGUAUGACUGAGUUAAAACUUUGACCAGGCAUCAUCACCAGCAACUUACCGGCCAUUAUCUUAAGYCCUGGUAUUGCACCAUGGAACAUCCCAUUUGUCACUCGUAUUUUCUUAGUAAAGACACACUUGAAUGUUCGUGUGUACAAUGAAUAAUACAAGUGACUUGUUGUAUAUUCUAUGGUAUGCUACUCAAAACCAUUGUGUAUAUAGUGCUUAUUCUCCAGCUAUACUAAGUGGAGUACAAAUAUCACAAGAGAAAGCCUGAAGUGAGUAUGAAUAUCCUGCGAUAAUUUUACUCUAGGUUAUUUUGUACAGUAAAAAAGUGAUUUUGAGUCAUGUAAAAGAGAAAAAAAAAAACAUUCAUUUUGAAGCCUCCUUUUGCGAAAAAGUAAAACCUGUUGGAUGAUAAAAACUUAUUAGUAUAGGAAAUCGCAC